ACAUCACUUUUUAAUUUUAGUUUUUUUUUUUUUUAAAUUAAUUUGUUAGUGAAUAGUGAUAUUUUUUUAGUUUCCGUUUUUGUUUGUUAACAAAAUGGUAGCUGAAAAGUCAACUGUGUGUUUGGAUUUAAAUUGUGGCAGUUUAACAAUGAGUGCGGAACCAGCAAGUAAUAAUACCAAAGAAGAAAUUCCAACAGAACCUUUAUUCGGGACAUUCGAUAUUAUAUUAUUAGUAGUAUUAUUAGGAGUUGGUGUAUGGUGGCUAUUUUUCAAAAACAAAAAGAAGGAUGAUCCUUACAGUUCAAUAGGAAAAUCAUAUUCAAUUCAACCAACAUCUUUAAGUUUAACAAACACGUCAGAAAAUUCAUUUAUAAAAAAAUUGAAAGCAUCUGGACGUAGUUUAGUUGUAUUUUAUGGCAGUCAAACAGGAACUGCUGAAGAAUUUGCUGGUCGUUUAGCAAAAGAAGGUAUUCGCUAUCAAUUAAAGGGUAUGGUAGCUGAUCCUGAAGAAUGUGAUAUGGAAGAGUUAGUGAAUUUAAAGAGUAUACCAAAUAGUUUAGCUGUAUUUGCAUUAGCCACAUACGGUGAGGGUGAUCCUACUGAUAAUGCUAUGGAAUUUUAUGAAUGGUUACAAAAUGGUUCUGCCGAUUUAACGGGAUUGAAUUAUGCUGUUUUUGGGCUUGGUAAUAAAACUUAUGAACAUUACAACGAAAUUGCAAUUUAUGUCGAUAAUCGACUUGAAGAGCUUGGAGCUUCACGAGUAUUCGAAUUAGGUUUAGGAGAUGAUGAUGCCAACAUUGAAGAUGAUUUCAUUACAUGGAAAGAUCGUUUUUGGCCAGCCGUUUGUGAGUUUUUCGGUAUUGAAGCAACUGGAGAUGAUGAAAGUAUUCGUCAAUACAAAUUAUUGGAACAUAAAGAUGAAAUUCCAGAACGUGUAUAUACUGGAGAAAUUGCUCGAUUAUAUUCUUAUCAAACACAAAGACCACCAUUCGAUGCCAAAAAUCCUUAUUUAGCACCAAUUGUUGUAAAUCGUGAAUUACACAAAGGUGGUGGCCGAUCCUGUAUGCAUAUUGAAUUCGACAUUGAAGGUUCUAAAAUUCGAUAUGAAUCUGGUGAUCAUUUAGCUGUGUAUCCAGUAAACGAUACAGAACUUGUAAAUAAAAUUGGAAAAAUGUGCAAUGCUGAUUUAGAUACAAUCUUUACAUUAACUAAUACUGACGAAGAAUCAAGUAAGAAACAUCCGUUCCCAUGUCCUUGCAGCUACCGCACAGCUUUAACACAUUAUUUGGAUAUUACCAUGAAUCCUCGUACUCACGUUUUAAAGGAAUUGUCUGAAUAUGCCACCGACCCAGCUGAGAAAGAACGGUUGAAGUUAAUGGCAAGUAUUUCACCUGAAGGCAAAGCUUUAUAUCAAAAAUGGAUAAAUGAAGAAAAUCGUAACAUUGUUGAUGUUUUGGAAGAUUCACCAUCUUGUCGUCCAGCAAUUGAUCAUCUUUGUGAAUUGUUACCACGUCUUCAACCCAGAUACUACUCAAUAUCAUCUUCAGGCCGUGUUUAUCCAAGCACAAUUCAUAUUACUGCUGUACUUGUUCAAUAUGAGACUCCAACCAAUAGAAUUCAUAAGGGUGUUGCUACAUCAUGGCUUGCUCAGAAAAAACCCGAUAAUGGAACAACACCACCAAGAGUUCCAGUGUUCGUUCGAAAAUCACAAUUCCGUUUACCUAAUAGAACACAAACACCAAUUAUUAUGAUUGGUCCUGGUACUGGUUUAGCACCAUUCCGUGGAUUUAUUCAAGAACGUCAUUUAUCAAAACAAGAAGGUAAAGAAGUUGGUGAUACAAUUUUAUACUUUGGUUGUCGAAAGAAGUCCGAAGAUUUCAUUUAUGAAGAAGAACUUAAAGAGUAUGUUGAGAAAGGUAGCUUGACAUUAAAAGUUGCAUUCUCCAGAGAUCAAAAGGAAAAACAAUAUGUUACACAUUUACUAGAAAAGGAUAGUGAUGAAAUUUGGAGAGUGAUUGGUGAAAAUAAUGGUCAUAUUUAUAUUUGUGGUGAUGCUCGAUCAAUGGCUUUGGAUGUACGUAAUAUAAUUACUAAAGUAGUUAUGGAGAAAGGAAAUAUGACUGAACCACAAGCAGUGGCGUAUAUCAAGAAAAUGGAAAGUCAAAAACGAUAUUCAUCCGAUGUUUGGAGUUGAACAUUAUGUUUUUAUUGUAGUAAAUUUAAAUUAUUUAUCAGUUAUUUAAAUGAAUUGAACUAUAUAAUUGAUAAAAAGUACAUAACAAUUAUAUGAAAACAAAAAAAAAAGUGCCGUAAGGGUAAACUGAGUUAUACAUUAAGGCAAAAAAAAAUAUGAGAUAAUUAGUUUAUUAUUAUUUUUUAAAUAAAAAGGAUUAUUUUUUAUAAAUAAAUAUAUUUAAAAACACACAAAAAAAAAAAAAUUAUGACUUAACUUUUUUUUAAAUUGUAAAUCAAAUUCAAGGUUUGAUUUUCAAUUGGUGCAUGCGUAAUAUAUGUUUGCUUUUAGUCACUAUGUGGCUUAUUUAAUUCUUUAUCACAACAAAAACUAAGUAUUUUUUAAAACACAAAUUUUGGGAAAUCAAUUAACAUUAUUACUUUUUAGUUAAAAAAUAAUAAAUUUAUUUAUACCUACUGUUUUUAUUCAAUUUAUUCUAAAUGAGAAUAUAUGGGUGAUAUGUUUUCAUAAUAAUAAAAAAAAAAUUAUUAUAUUGUUGGCAUUUUAUCUCAAUCAAUAAAAGAUGCUAAGUGUUGCGGAGAUUAUUGAAGAAAACUAUACACGAUAGUGUAAUAAAAUUUUUAAUAACAGUCCGAUUUGCAAUAUUUUGUGAGUUCAAUUGCCGUACAAAUGUAAAUAUUUUCUCUUGUAGAACAUUUAUUCGGGAAUAUCUAGCAAAUCCUGGUGUGAUGGGAUUAAGGGUAAUAUCUUUGAAUUAACGUUGUACAUAUCUAUUUUCUAAGAAAUUUCAUAUCGAGAAGACGAUAUUUUCGUUUUUUUUUGAGUCAUAGCAAAUUCCUUGUAUUUAAAUCUAUACGAAUAAAAGUAUAGCUUGUGUCAUGAUUGGGCCAUCAUCUAUCGCGUGAAAUUUUCACACAGAGUUGGUCGCGUCAUAUCAUAAAUAAAAACAUUAAUUACCUUGAUCAACGUACCCUGUAAAUAAUUUAGAUACAAUUCAAAUAAUAAAACACAUGUGGACCUACGGUUAGUUUGAGUAUCUGAUAACGCUGUACUCGAAAGGUAAUUACCAAGCUUUGGUCGCGUAAAAAACCGCAUUUUUGGAGUCUGAGGGCAUUUAAAAUUGGCUAUUUAAUUUCGACAUAUAAUAAUUGGAAUGAAAUAUGUUUUAAUGAAUACUAGAAAAUUUAUAAUAGGAUUACAUUUAUUGUGAGCUUCUGACGUUCACAAUUAUUUAAUAAUUUUAAGAAAACUUAAAAUUCGGCGUUGCGCUUAUCACACGAUGGGCGAAGGGCUAAGCACGCAUCACCCAAAAACUAAGGAGAAGGUACUUGUUUUAAAAUUUCUUUGCAUUAAUUCAGUUAUUAUUUUAAACCUAACGGUAGGAGCUUCAUACAUAUCCAUUUAAACUUUGCACAUUAAUUUACUUGAUUCAUAUUUAUCGAUUAUUUAAAACUAUAUUUAAUGACAAUAUGACUAAAAGUAGCGACAAAAAAGUUUCUGACUCAUUGGAUAUUCAUUUCCAAUCUUUCGAUUCUAGGCAUGCGCCUAUUGCGAACGGUAUGGUAUCAGUUGUAAGUCAACUUGUGGAUCAAUUAAAGGGUUCAUUUAUUUACGCUCAAUUUAAUUUACAUAGGAAAUAUGUUGUAAAAUAUGUACUUUUUAUAAAAGAGAACCCUUUUUGCAUAAGACAGACAAUUUCCUAAUAUGAAACGUUGACAAAUCUUUUAAGUGCCUUAUUAAUGUCCGUAAAUAAUCAUUUUCGUGACAUGUCCUUUAUAUUGUGUCUCCGCACAAAAACACGAAGCCAAUUUACUAUACAUAACAAUGAAACAAUAGUUACAGAAUGCCACCGAUAUUGUCAUAUUUUUAUUGACUUGUUGAAUUUAUCUUAAGCAAGAGUUUUUAUUAUAAAAAUU